GUAUCUUGGGUUCGUCAACGCGAUCUCCACAUACUGACCGUUGGCAGUUACACUUACACGAGUGACCAGAGGUUUAAAUCACUACAUCUUGAUGGUAAAACAGACUGGACUUUGAAGAUUCAAUACACACAGAAGCACGACGCUGGAAUUUAUGAAUGCCAAGUUAGCACUGAACCAAAGAUGAACCUAAGUAUUAAGCUCAAUGUGGUUGUUGCCAAGGCAACAAUACCUGGUGGGCCAAACAUGUAUAUUCAAAGUGGAGGAACUUUCAACCUCACGUGCAUCAUCACCGACAGCACCUCUCCUCCCACUUAUGUCUUCUGGUAUCACGAUGGCCGCAUGAUAAACUACGACACCACCAGAGGGAUCAGCGUCAUCACGAACAAGGGGUCCAAGUCCGUGAGCACCUUAAGAAUAGAAAAUGCCAGUUCAUCACACUCUGGGAACUAUUCCUGCACUCCAUCGUAUGCUGACCCAGCCAACAUCACGGUCCACGUUCUAAAUGGAGAAAAUCCAGCAGCCAUGCAUCAUGGUGGGAAGGCCAACCAAAGUGAACGUUGUUUCCAUAUGAAUUUCCAGUUCCUUCUUCUUGUUAUGCUUCAACUGGCGGCAUCAGAGAUAGCUAGAUAGCUUCGUGGAUUAAGGUCGUCUAAAAUCAAACUAGAUAAAAUACUGUUUGUACUGAUAUUCCCUGGUUGUGUUUUUGUUUCUUUUCAAUUUACACGUCUCAACACAUUAGUGGACACGGAUUUCAAAGGAAGGCUAGAAAAUCUGGUUCGAACCAAGACGUCAAUACACCCAACUGUCUUGACACUCUCAAGUUCGUGUUUAAGUAUUUUCUUUGUCACAGUGAUGUGGAAUUUUGCGUGCGUAAAAAUUUGUAAACGUGUCUCGUAAAACAACGCGAAAAUAUAUAAAACAGCAGUAAUUAAGCUCGACUACAAUUGCCAAAAGAUUUGGUAAAGAUCUGAUGAUUUCUAAUUUGAAUACUUUAUUUGAUAUCCUGAAACAUGAUCUAUGUGAGAUGCUAUUAAACAUUUAAAGUAACAACCAAAUAUACGAACAUUAUAGAAAAGACGAUUCCGGCGAUAAGGAAAACAAUUAAUUUUCAAAUUAUUUGCCAAAUUGUCAAACCAACAAUAACGAGCAAUAGUUUCUGGAAUAUCAAUGUCUUGUGUAUACUAUAUAAUCGCUUUUAGCCUGUAGUGAUUGUUGAGAUUCCAUUGUUUGGCAAUGAUAUAGGGAUAAACAUAACCUUUUUUUUCCGACCCAUUGUUAUGGUUCGACCAACAUUUUAUGACAGAAGAUAUCAUAUGAUUCUUUUUCUUGAUGAUAUGAAGAAACUCAUACAUAAGCAGCAAGGAAAAAAAAAUCUCCAUUUGUAAAAAAGUUCCUUAACCCUUACAAACUCUUGUAUAAUCUUAUCAUUAGCAGUAUCCCUUGUAUGUAAUAAAACUGGUUAUUAUUCUCAUUAAUAAGAAAUACAGAUGAACUUUGGAUACGAAAAAGGAUGAUCCGAGUCCAAACUAGAACCUUAUGGGAGUAUGUGUAAUAAAUACUUGACGACUAGCACUAGAAGCUGAUAUGGAUCAAGGAAGUGGAUUAUCAGUUGAGUCUUUCUUGAUUAUAUGGACCAUGAAAAUGGAUUAGCAUUUCAAAGUUUGCUGUUAACGUGGAUCAAGGAAGUAACUUAAAAUUGGAUUACCCGUUGUUAUUGUGGAUUGGCAAAACUGACUAGCAUUUGGAGCUUUGUUGCUUUGUCGUUGCUGAUACUAUAUAUCAUAAUAACAGAUUAUCAUAUGAAGACUAUUCGCUAAGAUAGACUAAUGGAUUAUCCGAAAACUGAGAAUUAACCUUGCUAUGAUUAGUGUAUGUUCUCAUGUUUCUCAACAGUAAUGGUGUUUAACAGGAUUAUAUAAUUAUUCUAGCACUACUACACUCGUAUUUAUAGGUGUAUUUAUAUAAAAUCUAUAUUGUAUAGAAACAUUUUACUUCAAUACGUAAUCAAUAGUCAUCCAUUAAUCGCUAAACUUUCUGUGUCUGCUUAAUUUAUCUCUACAAUGAUCUAUGUUUGAAGCUGGUUCAAGAUCUAAAAAUCAAAACACUCUCUUAUUAAAAACAUUUACAUCUGAUCUAUAUUAUUAUUCCCUAACAAGAAGUUUAAUUUAGCUACAUAUUGUGAAUCGAGACCAAUUUCUUUAAACCAUAUGCUUGUCUGUUUUGUCUAAUGGAAAGUUAGAAAAAUAACCUUAUUAUGUGAGUGUGAUAUAAGUAAAAUUAGAACCAACAAGAUCAUCAAUUCCAGUUUUACGUUUAAUAAUUAAAUCUGAAAAGCUCUGUUAUUUGAACAUUUUGUUAAGAAUAUUCCACGAAAAUUCUUAUAAAGAACUAGAUGAUAUUUGUUUACUGUGUAAUUAUGGCUGUCUUGUUUUGUUAUUGUUGUCAAUGUUUCUUCAAAUAUGUGAGAGUGUGGGCUUCUGAGAACAUAUAACAAAUAGGCUUUGAGCUUUGUCGAUAUUUCCUUAACCUUAAGUUUCGUAACUGAAUUAGUGAAAGAAGUUGUAGCAAAACUUGUAUGUCAUAUAUUAAUAAAUAUAAACUGUUGACGUCA